GUAUCUGAUUGUUUACGGAAAAGGAAAACAUGAGGUGACUGUAUAAAGCAGAACUUGCAAAGUUUUUAAGAAUAACUAUAUUAAAUGAUUCAAGUAAGCUCGUCCUUCUGUCAUGUUUAAUGUGCGGUAAUAACACUAACAUGACCGUUUCUCGCUUUCACAGCUGAAAACUUCAUCGUUAUAAGUAGUUUUUAAGGCUGCUAGCGUUUGGAUGCACAAACAUGCUCCGUGUGUUUGUGCUCUUGAUUUUUAACGUGAACGCUUACUGCAUGUAUCUGAACUGGACAUCACAUGACAGACCAAACAUAGUCAUGAUCAUGUCUGACGCCUUCGAUGGUAGGUUAACCUUUCAACCAGGCAAUAAAGUUGUACAACUCCCUUACAUCAACUAUAUGAGGGAAUUGGGUUCUGUUUUUCUGAACUCAUACACAAAUUCACCCAUCUGCUGUCCGUCCAGGGCAGCCAUGUGGAGUGGACAGUUUGUGCAUUUGACACAGUCCUGGAACAACAAUAAAUGUCUUCAUCCCAAUGCCACAACAUGGAUGGACGACUUAAGAAAGAGUGGUUACCACACUCAUAGCAUGGGGAAACUAGACUACACCUCUGGCCAUCACUCUGUCAGUAAUCGAGUGGAGGCCUGGACCAGGGAUGUUCCUUUCCUGCUGAGACAGGAAGGCCGUCCGGUCACAGAUCUUGUGGGUGAUGCGUCCACAAAGAGGGUGAUGAUUAAAGACUGGACCAUCACUGAUGCUGCUGUCCAGUGGAUACGAAACACUACAGCAUCUCUCACGCAGCCGUUUGCACUGUACCUGGGGCUGAAUCUUCCCCAUCCAUACCGCACCGACUCACUGGGACCCACAGCAGGAGGCUCUACUUUCCGAACCUCCCCGUAUUGGCUAAACAAGGUUUCUUACAAUCAAGUGUCUGUUCCAAAGUGGCUGCGGUUUGAAGAUAUGCACCCUGUGGAUUACUACUCCACCGUCACUAAAAAUUGCAGUGGCCACUUCACAGAAGAAGAGAUCAGAAACAUAAGAGCCUUUUAUUAUGCAAUGUGUGCUGAAACAGACGGCAUGUUGGGUGAAGUAAUGGCGGCUCUCAGAGACACUGGCUCGCUGAACAAGACAGUCGUUCUUUUCACGUCAGAUCACGGCGAUCUAGCCAUGGAACACAGGCAGUUUUAUAAGAUGUCCAUGUUUGAGGGCAGCUCUCAUGUUCCUCUACUUAUAAUGGGCCCAGGAGUGAAGUCUGGCUUUGAAGUCAGUCUACCGGUGUCACUGGUGGAUAUAUAUCCUACUGUGCUUGAUCUUGCUGGUGUCCCACAGACAGGGGGCCUCAGUGGUCACUCGCUGAUCCCUCUGAUAUCUCAAGUCAGCAUUCAUUCAGCUGAGCCUCAUCCUGCCUGGGCGUUCAGUGAAUAUCAUGGUUGCAAUGCCAACACCUCCACUUAUAUGCUGAGAAUUGCUGAGUGGAAGUAUAUCGCAUAUGCAGAUGGCUUGAUUGUUCCUCCGCAGCUCUUCAACUUGUCCAAAGAUGAGUCAGAAUUGAGAAACGUUGCAUCACAAUUCCCUGAUGUUUGUCAGGAUUUGGACAAGUUGCUACGAUCUAUUGUGGAUUACCCCAGUGUUUCAAAAUCUGUUCACCGCUACAACAAGCAGCAGUUUCUGGAAUGGAAGCAAAGUCUGGGGGACAGUUACUCUCAGGUCAUAGCCAGCCUACGAUGGCAUAUUGACUGGCAAAAAGAUGCCAAGUCUUAUGAGAGAGAUAUUGAUGAGUGGCUGUUAGGGUUGGACUGAACAUCCGUUUUUUUGUCUUUUCGUGAUCAGAAAAAAAUAAGAGACAAUUUCUGUUUCUGUUUGAAACUAAUCAACAAUGAGUACAUUUACAUGGACACCAAUAAUCAGAUUUUAAUGCGAUUAUGAGAAUACUCUAAUUAAGAGUCUACAAUGUAAACAGAUUCAUUUAAUCCGAUUAGGGUCAUUAUCGAACUAAACAGAAAUUGGAUUAAGACAUGUGGAGUAUGCUGAUUUUUGUGGCAGUAUAGACUAGCACUAACUAUUACCGUCAUGUAGGAUUUUCACCGCAUAUUUCAACAGGAUAGUCUACACACGACUGUUUGAUACUAUUCUCUGCACCUACCGAAUCAGUGAAGGACCACAGACACCUGAGAUUUUUUUUGUCCCAUUUGGCGUGCAGUAUCAAAUUCCAUUAAAACAACACUCUUCCAGCAGUUCAUACUUCCAUCCAAUAUCUCGUUUGUCACAAGGAUACUCACUUGAAAUGUUCCUGAAAAAAAGUGAUAGAGCCAAACUGGACAAAAUAAUUAUAAAAACACUUUGAAAUUACAUGAAACUUCGGAGGAAAUGCGGAUAGUGUGAUGAUGCAAUGUCGUUAAUCAAAUUAAGUGCUAUAACAUGUAAAAUGAGAUCAUGCAAGGAACAUUCAAAAAGCAACACUUGUAAACACCUUAAUCAUAUUAUUGUCUUAUUCAGGUAAAGGCAAAUCAUUCCAUUACUAAUAUCCAUGUAAACAAAUAUUCACUGUGGUCUGGUUUGCUACCCAGACAGUGUACUUGAAGCACAGUUUGCAUCACAUAAGGCUUAGGAUAAUGUCUGUGGUUGCUUAAUUAGUUGCGCUUUACUUGUGAAAUUACAUUUCAAGAUGUGAUUUAUCAUGUUUCUAAAGAUAUUAAUUUAAUUAUUUAAAUAAAUGCUCAACCCUUAGAACAAUUA